UGUUAUCAAAGAUUUGAUAAGACAUCCAAAAAUAGUUCACCGACAAUACAUUGAAGAGAGAAAUGGGGUACAUAUAUUUGCUAUUUGCCACUUUAGCUGUGGCAAAUGUUACAACAGCAAUCGGUGAUUCUAGAGGUCAGUUCAGUCGGUAUUUGUAUCAGCCCAAUCAACAACAGUCUAGAGACCACUGUGCACACCAUCCAUGCAAAAAUGGCGGGACUUGUGAAAACCAUUCACAUUCUUACAAAUGUUUGUGUCCUCGUGAAUGGACAGGAAGGCAUUGUGAUGAAGUUGCAGACUACUGUGCAAGUAAUCCAUGUCACCAUAAUGCAGUUUGUACAAACAACCAUUACAGCAUUUUUCACCAUAGUGGAUAUACGUGCACAUGUCCGGCCGGGUGGACUGGAACAAAUUGUGACACAGAUACUGAUGAAUGUGUCACAAACACCGACUGUAAAAACGAAGCGACAUGCGUAAACACUGUAGGAAGUUUCGACUGUCGGUGUAAAAGUGGUUGGACUGGAUCACAGUGUGAUAACGAUGUGGACGAAUGUGCUAGCAACUCGUGGCAACAUUUAUCCUCAUGUAUCAAUACUCCCGGAUCAUUCACCUACAACUGCUCCUCUGGAUGGACUGGACCAAACUGUGAGACAGAUGUUGACGAGUGUGUAAAUAAUCCAUGCCAACAUGUGUCAUAUUGUACUAAUACACCGGGAUCAUACAUCUGCACGUGCUCUUCUGGUUGGACAGGACCCAACUGCGACUUAGAUGUUGACGAAUGCAUGAACAACCCGUGCAAACAUAGUUCCCACUGUACCAAUACCCCAGGAUCUUACACUUGUAGCUGUUUAUCUGGCUGGUCUGGAUCCUUGUGUGAUAUAGAUGUUGAUGAAUGCAUGAACAACCCGUGCAAACAUAGUUCCCACUGUACCAAUACCCCAGGAUCUUACACUUGUAGCUGUUUAUCUGGCUGGUCUGGAUCCUUGUGUGAUAUAGAUAUUGAUGAAUGUGCGUUAUAUCACUUUUGUCAAAACGGGGCAACAUGUACAAAUUCUCCUGGUUCUUUCAAUUGUACAUGCCUGGCUGGAUGGACCGGUACACAAUGUGGACAAGUAAUGAAUCAGUGUGACAGUUCUCCGUGCAAAAAUGGAGCAUCAUGUUACGGCAAUCAGACUAUGUACACGUGUCACUGCCCACCUAGGUACACCGGAGCAUUUUGUGAAAAACAAGACGUAUGUGCAACCAAUAACCCAUGCCAGAAUAGCGCAAAGUGUACCACUGAUCAAAAUGGCCAGUACACAUGCAACUGUUUGUUGGGAUGGUCAGGUCAUCACUGCGAUAUAGUUAAUUCGAUUUUUGUCAUAGAGGAUGUGUGUGCAACCAGAAACCCAUGUCAAAAUGGCGCGAUGUGUACAAAUGUUCAAAAUGGCCAGUACACAUGCAACUGUUUGUCAGGAUGGUCGGGUCUACAUUGCGAAACAGGUAUACCAAAUAAGUGCGACCACCUUUGCUCUCUGGAGUCUGUAGUAACAGCUACAUCUGUUAACAAUGCAAAAGCUGCUACUUGUACUACAUCCUUUGCUUCUAACGAAGCCCUUCUCAUGCAAUGCUGCGAGGUUGAUGAAUCAAGUCAUUGGAUAAAAGGACCUAAGGUCAUGUCACAAUGUCAAAGUGGUACGAUGACGCCUUACACACCCGUCGCUGCUUAUAAGAAUGAUAGCACACUUGAACAAGACACAGCGGGUGUGCUUACAGGAUGCCUCAGUGGUGGUGUAGGAUUCGUGGUCAUCCGACAGGCGUGUUCGUCCGCACCGCACGUGUUCCAUGUGAAUGGAACAAAUACAGGUCUUACAAAAAGCAACCCAGACAAUUAUCAUGUAAUACUGUAGUAAGACUUCACUCUGUUACACUUGUUCUUACAGAAUUCUCAUAACAAUAAAACAUACACUCUGA